AUGCAGAAUGGCAAGGUGAUCGCAUAUGCAUCACGCCAGUUGAGGCCGCAUGAGCUGAACUACCCGACGCACGACUUGGAAUUGGCGGCAGUGAAGGCUGCACCUCAAGUGGCUACCUUCCUCACACAAGAGGAAGAACUCAUCCGUGAAUUCGCCAAGAUGCGACUGGAGAUAGUAACAGCACCGGAGACGGUGGACAAUGAGAUUUCCACCUUGAGACGCGAGGAUACGUUAGAGAAGAUUCGUCUGAAAGUGAGGACCGGGAAAGAAAAGAGUUACCACAAAGAGGAGGAUAACACCCUCACUUUUGAAGGGAGACUGUGUGUACCCAAUGAUGAGGCACUCAGGAAUGAGAUCAUGAGUGAAGCUCAUGAGACGCCCUACACUGCUCAUCCUGGAAGUACAAAGAUGAUUGCCAAAAUCCCAACGAGGAAAUACCGCUAUCUGGGUGAUUAUAGAUCGCCUCACCAAAAGUGCUCAUUUUAUACCGAUUCGAAUCACAUAUGGAUCUACAAGUUGGCUCAGAUCUAUGUGCAAGAGAUCAUACGCUUACACGGCGUACCAACGGAGGGACAGUCUGAAAGGACAAUCCAGACAUUGGAGGAUAUGUUGAGAGCCGUAGUGCUCGACCGUGGAGGAAACUGGGAGCCAGUACUGCCACUUAUAGAGUUUGCUUAUAACAACAGUUACCAAGCAACUAUAAAUAUGGCCACAUAUGAAGCACUUUAUGGAAACAAGUGUAGAACACUGCUUUAUGAAGUAGGUGAGAGAAGGAUUCUUGAACCAGACGCUGUGGAAGAGAUGAUAGAAAUUGUCCGACAGAUCCGAGAGAGAAUCAAGGAAGAUCAAGAUAGGCAGAAAUCUUACGCAGAUGCUCGCAGAACCGACCUAUAG